UUUUGGCUCAGUUUUGUUUAUGUUAAUGAUAGAAUUGUUGCCCGCAGACUUGGGUGGCUAACUAGCCGCACAAGCCCAACUCGUGCGACGACAGCUGUCAUUGGAGAAAGGAAAGUGAUCCCCGCAAAUGCCUGAGCCGGCCGAGCGGGUUUCUGCUGGAUUUACCUCGGCCGGGCUCCCAUCAAAUGGGCAAAGUUGGGAAUAACAUCUUGACGCUGGAGUAUAACGAUGUGCGUUGUGCAUUUGUGAGAGCCGCGGUGUUGUUUCAUUGGAGAGAGGCUAGCUAGCUCGGUUAGCUCUCUAGCUAGCUGGGGGAUAUUAAAAAAAAAAAAAAAAAAGUGCGACGUUUCACUCCCUGGUAUUUUUGGGACAUGAAGAGGAUAAUUCGCUGUCCAUAGGACUUGAAGAAUGUCAUCAGAGGAUAAGACUGUGGAGCCCUCUGACCAGGUUCCCUCAUCGCCAUCCAGCAGUGUAGGGGGCACAUCCACAGGAAGUCCUGCCCAUGCAGACAAGAGAUCACGUGGCAGGCCACGCAAAGAUGCUGCUGCCAUCGUACCCCAGGCACCAUCCAUAUCCACGCCCAAGAACAGAAAGAAGGGUCGCACCAGAGGGAGGGUUGUUGUGGAUGAGGAGGACAGCAUCGAUGGGACUGAGAUAAUGGAGUCCACUGAUCCUCAGGAUGCAGAAACACAAAACCAACCGGUGGAGACUAUGGAAGUGGUGACCCCUGAGGUGACAGAAGAGGACAAACUCUCUUCCCCUCUGGCUGAUAGCCCCCCAGCAGAGAGUUCAGCAGGACCAUCUGUCCCAGCGAGUAGAGAUAUCAAAAGCAGUGAGUGUCUCUGUGCCUUCUGUUACUGCGGUGGCCGUAGCCUUCUGGGUCAGGGGGAUCUACAAGUAUUCAGCACCACAUUUCAAGAUAAAGCAGUCCACAAUGGUGAAGAAGGCUCAACAAGCGAUAGCAGCGAUGGUGACAAAACCACUCAGCCAAUAAUGGCUGGAGACUCCACCUCAGGACCGAAAGAAAAGAAUGGGCCUGAUGUCUGCAAGGAAGAAACGGACCUAGUCAAUCGAUUCUGGGAUGAGCUUUCUCAUGUUGGCCUUCCACAAGAUUUUAAAGUCCAGUCUCUCUUUGAGUCAGGGCAAUGUUGGGCACAUCAGAGUUGUGCCUUGUGGUCUGACGGUGUUUGUGAGGGCGAGGGACAAUCUCUGCUUUAUGUGGACAGAGCCAUUGACUCAGGGAGCACAAAGCACUGUGCAUACUGUAAGCGCCUUGGAGCAUCCAUUAAGUGCUGUGCUGAAGGAUGUGCUCAACUCUACCAUUACCCCUGUGCGGGGGCAGCUGGGACCUUUCAGGAUAUUAGGAGUCUCUCGCUCCUUUGCCCGGAGCAUAUUGAAUUGGCAGUUAACAAAUUUGCAGAUGAUGUAAAUUGCGUGCUAUGCGAUAGCCCAGGGGACCUACUAGACCAGCUAUUCUGCACAAGUUGUGGUCUGCAUUACCAUGGGAUGUGCCUGGAUAUGGCUGUGACCCCUCUAAGGAGGGCAGGUUGGCAGUGCCCCGAGUGCAAAGUCUGCCAGACAUGCAAGAACCCAGGAGAGGACACUAAAAUGCUGGUGUGUGAUAUGUGUGACACAGGCUACCAUACCUUUUGUCUGCAACCUGCAAUGGAUUCUAUUCCCACCAACGGAUGGAGGUGUAAGAACUGCCGAGUAUGCAUCCAGUGUGGAACACGCACCAGUGGGCAGUGGCACCACACCAGUCUGCUGUGUGACAACUGUGUCCAAAACCAAGACCCUGCCCUGUGCUGUCCAAUGUGCUCUCGGAUCCUAGACCCCGAGCAUCACAAAGACUUACUUUUCUGCCAAACUUGUAAGAGAUGGCUACACCUGGAGUGUGAGCGUCAGAACUCAGGCCAAGCAGAAAUCAGCCCCAGAGAGGACUACGUUUGCUCCAACUGCAGGUCUUCUGCUGCAGAGCAGACACAAGAUACAGUGGAUAUGGAAAUCGGCCCAGAACUCAGGCCUCAGCCAAGCUCCAUGCACACAGACUCUGAGACUGGCCUACAGCUGGCUCAAAAGCACACAGACCUUGAACCUAGCAAUCAGCCCCCUGAAAUGCACAAUGACCCCAAACCAGAAUUACUUGCUGUUUCAUUGCACUCAGAUCCACAGCCUCUUCAGGCUGCCGUCCAGGAGAAGUUGGCCAUAUCAGAUGAGAAGCCUGAAGACUUGGGGGGAGCCGAUGCUGUCAAGACACAGGUUAUUGAGCCUCCUGUCAACAAAAUUCCAGCAGAAUUCAAACCAGAAUCAAAACCAGCAGCUACAGACCAGCUCACGUCUUCAGAAAGUCCAGCUUCUUCAAACACAGAAAGCCAACCGUCUUUUCCAGCCCAAGAGGCUGUGGAGGCAGGACAGACACAGGAUCCUAUAUUGCAAAUCAAGCCAGCAAAUACAGAACCCUGCGCAGAGCAAAGCGUAGUCAACCCUAGCACAAAGGAUUUUAAGGCCAUCAUCUCAACCACCAAAGAACCAAGUACUACAUCAGUACCUUGUGUGGACCAACCAAUGGAAGUCGCACUACCCCAGCCUUCAAGUAUGGAUGCAGUCCCCGAUUCUUUCCAGGAAACUGCUCCAAAAGAACUGAACACAGAAAGGAAUGAGGAUAUAUUUCACAUUUCCCAACUCUCAGCCUCUAGUACAUCAGAGUCGAUGGACACUACACUGGACAGCAAUCCCCAGUUGUCAUUUCCUGGAUUGUCAUCUGAGGAGAAGCCUAUCAAAACAUCUGUUGAAAGACUGGCUGAAAUGGUUUCUUCUUCCCACCCCUCCCCUCUUUCUCGAGGGACACCUCUCAGAGACCCAUCACAGAUGCAGAUCCUGUCCUCACUGAGUGAGCACAGUAGUAUAAUACCAACGACAACCCUCGUACCAUUCACGCCCAAGAUUGGCAUGGGAAAGCCAGCUAUUACCAAGAGGAAGUUUUCUCCUGGGAGGCCACGAGUGAAACAGGGUGCAUGGAGCCCUCAUAGCAGUGUGAGCUCACCCUUGUCCUGGUCGCCAGACCAGCAAGAGGGGUGGGACCCAAAGACCAGGCAGUCUUCUGGCAGCCCCGGGUGGAGCAUCAGAGUGGGUCGAGGCUCUGGCUUCCCUGGGAAAAGGCGGCCUAGAGGGGCUGGCCUAUCGGGAAGAGCUGGACGUGGUAGGGCCAGAGGGAAGAACGGAGUGAGUCCUAGCAUCAACCCUGGGAUCAUCACGAUAGAAACACAAUACCCAGUCAAGGAUGAGGAGGAAAAUGCGAUGCACAAUACAGUUGUCAUAUUCUCCAGCAAUGAUAGUUUCACACUAAAACAGGACAUGUGUGUAGUAUGUGGGAGUUUUGGUCUUGGUGCUGAAGGUCGUCUUUUGGCCUGUGCCCAGUGUGGCCAGUGCUAUCAUCCAUUCUGUGUUGGCAUAAAGAUUACCAAGGUGGUGCUAAGUAAAGGUUGGCGUUGUCUGGAGUGCACGGUGUGCGAGGCUUGUGGCCAAGCCACGGAUCCUGGCCGCUUGCUGCUCUGUGAUAACUGUGACAUCAGCUAUCACACAUACUGCCUUGACCCUCCACUGCAGAAUGUUCCCAAGGACAGCUGGAAGUGCAAGUGGUGUGUAGCCUGUACCCAGUGUGGUGCCACCACCCCUGGCCUAAGGUGCGAAUGGCAGAAUAAUUACACCCAGUGUGCUCCUUGUGCCAGCCUUUCAACAUGUCCAGUCUGCCUGGUACACUACAGCGAAGGCACAAUUAUUGUGCAGUGCCGCCAGUGCGACAGAUGGUUUCAUGCCUCUUGUCAAAGUCUGCACUCAGAGGAGGAUGUAGAAAAAGCUGCAGAGAGCAGCUUCGACUGCACAAUGUGCAGAACUUUCAAAACAACUAAAGUUGUGACCAAGACCAGAGAUGUCACAGAGCCACUAGUCGUGACACCAUUUGUCACCAAGGCAAGGGAAAUUGAUCUGUCAAGGACGUACACCCAGGAUGGCGUUUGUUUGACAGAGUCAGGGCUUUGCCAGCUCCAGAGCUUAUCUGCUACAGCUUCACGACGACGGAAACCUAAGCCAAAACUGAAGCUAAAGAUCAUUAACCAAAACAGCGUAGCAGUGCUUCAGGCCCCGGUGGACUCGCUCUGUGAGAUCUCUCGGGAUGAAGACAUGGAGGACAAUAGAGAGGUGGAGCUCCUCGAUUGUGAAGCAAAGUCUGACUCGAGCCUGGAGCGAGAGCCGGUGGAGGAUGACUCUAAGGGGGCCGACGGUGGCAAGAAGAGGAAGAGGAAACCGUACCGGCCGGGAAUUGGUGGAUUCAUGGUCCGCCAGAGGAGCCGUCCAGGACAGGGUCCAGGGAAAGCUAAGCGACCCCUCUGCAGAAAAGAUUCUUCUGGCUCUGUGUCAGAGAAUCCCACUGUGAAAGAGGAAGGUUGGACAGAAGCACUCCCAGAUACUCCUGUGGAUGAAAUGCCCCCUGGACCCGAGGUGCCAGAAAAGAUUAAGAAACGCUAUCGAAAGAAGAAGACAAAAUUGGAGGAAGCUUUUCCCACCUACCUGCAGGAGGCUUUCUUUGGAAAGGACCUUCUGGACAAAAGCAAGCAGAGUAGGCAGCAGGGUGUUGAAUCAGGCCUACUGGAGGACAGGCAAAGCCAAGCGGAGAGGAAGCAUCCCACCUUCCUCGGCUCAUCAUCAGACCCGCUGCUCAGUUCCUCAACAUCCAUUCCUACCAGACCCACAGCAGCACAGACGUCCGAGGAACCAUUAGUUGAUCUAUCUGAUGUUCUGAACACUGAUGCAGACAUCUUGGGGGUGCUCGGAAAGCCAAGCAGUGACUCUGGUCUUGAUUUUUACCCCUUCCAAGUUGACAGCUCACCUCCUCCUUUUGCUGGUCUGGACAUUGGGCCCCUAACAGACGGCUCCCCAGUGGCUCCUCAGUCUCUGGCUGGCCGGAGGACACCGCGAACAAUCGCAGAGGAACCCCUGGACGGCAUUCUCAGCCCAGAACUUGACAAGAUGGUGACUGAUGAAACGAUUCUCAGUAAACUGAACAAAAUUCCAGAGCUGGAAGGUAAGGACGUGGAAGAUCUCUUCACAGCGGUCCUCAGUCCGAGCACAAGCCAACCUCUACCAUCACAGGUGCCUCACUCCCACAUUCGAGGACCCUUCCCUGCCACGCCAGGCACUAGUAUGUCUCAUCCAAAUGCAGGAAAUCCAAUGUUUCCAAGGAUGCCAAUAAUUAAUGGUAUGGUGGGACCAAACCAGCGCUUCCCUACAAAUCCCAGACCAGGACCCUGCAUUCCAGCAAACUUCUCUGCCCUUAACCGAAUGCCUUUCGCUGACAAUCCAAGAGAGGGAAAAUUUAAUCAGAUGCCUAGAGAAGCAGUUGGCCCAUGGCCCUCCCCUGCCCACGGCCCUGGUCCUGCACCCCCUGGAUCUUUGCCUGAAGGAGAGACUGAAGCCAUGUCAAAUGCCCAAAGAAGUACACUCAAGUGGGAGAAGGAGGAGACACUUGGAGAGUUGGCUACUGUUGCGCCUGUUCUUUAUACUAAUAUCAAUUUCCCCAACCUCAAAGAAGAAUACCCAGACUGGUCUACAAGAGUAAAGCAAAUUGCUAAACUCUGGAGGAAAGCUAGUUCACAAGACAGGGCCCCAUAUGUGCAAAAGGCAAGAGAUAACCGAGCAGCCCUGCGCAUCAACAAAGUCCAGAUGUCGAAUGAGACGGUGAAGAGGCACCAUCCGCAGCAACAGGCCCCCGAGGUGUUUGAUCCCAACAUACCACUAGACACAGAACUCCUGUUUAAAGACCCUUUGAAACCAAAAGAGUCAGAGCAUGAACAAGAGUGGAAGUUUAGACAGCAAAUGAGGCAGAAAAGCAAACAACAAGCCAAAAUUGAAGCCACACAGAAGUUGGAGCAAGUUAAGAAUGAGCAACUCCAGCAACAGCAGCAACAGCAACAACAGCAAACCGGCCAAUCAGAUACAGAGGGUAACCAGAGCCCUGCAUCCCAGCCCAGCAAUGACAGCCUGUCUCCUAUGCCUAAAGAAACUUUUGCCAGGCCACAACUACAAGGGACACCCACUUCAUGCCCCCCAGAGGAUGUGUUCUUACGACCCCCUCCUCCGCCUCCAUCUGGCCCUUCCUCCCAGCCUCAAUCUCCACAGGUAUUCUCCCCAGGUUCUUCUGGUUCCAGACCCUCUUCUCCAUGGGACCCAUAUGCCAAGAUGGUUGGGACCCCAAGACCGCCUACUAUCGGACCAAAUAACUGUCGACGGAUACCUGUGGAAUCGGGUAACUCUCCCACCUCCAUGAUGGAACAGCACGACAAAGGGCGACCCUCUCCAGCACAUGAAUCUUUUGGUUCUCCCACAUCAGUGAGCAGUGACCCUUUUGCCAAACCUCCUGAUACCCCAAGACCAACUAGUGAAAUGGAUCUAUUUCUGAAGCCCAUGGGUCCACCGAGGGGUGUUCAAACAGCUCAAGGACGACCCCCAAUGGGCUCUCCUGGCAGAGACCCGUACUCAAGGCCCAUGAUAAGAAACGACGCCUAUCAGCGCAUGGCCCAAAACAGGAUGAUCUUGUCUGACCCUUAUUCAAGACCAUUACUGGCACCAAUACCUGGAAGUAAUGAGUCUGGGUCUGUGCCUCUGUUCAAAACCCCAAUGCCUCCUCCUCAGGCUCAGGAUCCCUUUAACCGACCAGGGCCACAUACAAGUGACAGAAUAUCCCAAAAUCAGCAGAAUGACCCGUAUGCACAGCCCCCCCAUACCCCAAGACCAUUCGGGAAUGACAGUUUCACCAGUCCUCCUAGACUGGGGCAGCAUCACCCUCAGGGGCAUUCAUUUGGUCAUCCAGGGCCAGUGACUCAGAUGUCAAGAAAUCCUUAUGCACAUGCUCCUUCCACCCCAAGGCCAGACCAUUUCACGUAUGAUCCGUUUGCCCAGCCUCCUGGUCCCAACAAGCAUGGUACUGACCCAUUUUCUCAGCCUGCAGGUAACCAGCGAGCAGUCAGCGAUCAUGGAGCUCAGCCUCGACCAUUUUUUGAACCCUAUGCUCGACCACCAGGCACCCCACGUCCACAUGACAACUACGGCCAGCCAUCGAGCAUACCCAGUCCAUCCUCGGAUCCUUAUUCGCAGGCUCCUGCUACUCCUCGCCCCGGUGUAAUGAAUCAGUUCCCUCAUCAGUCUCAUCCUGGACAGAGGACAUCUCCUUCUCACUCGGUUGACCCUUACGGUCAGCCACCUGGUGCUCAAAGAUCCUCUGUGGUAGAAAGAUUCUCUAAGUCACCAGGUAGCCAGAGGGGAGCAGUGGAGCCAUUUACCAGUAACUCUGCAGUACCCCGGCCAGGGAGUAGUGACAUGUUUACCCAGUCAGGGGUCCAGAGGCAGAUCCUUAAUGACCCUUAUGCCCAGCCUCCUGGGACUCCCAGGCCCGAUGGGCUUACCAGGCCUAUGCCAAGACCAGGACCAAUGGUGAGUCAAGAUCCUUUCUCUUCACCCCAAGGCCGGCUUCAAGAGCCCUUCCCUCAUCCAGAGGCUCAUACGAAACACCCUAGUGUUUCAGACGGGGGCUUUGGUCAGUCACCUUCCAAAAGGCCCAGUCAGGCACCUGGGCAAGACCCAUUUGAACAAGGCCCCAUGACCCCUCAUCCACAGCCAACAGAGAAAAUGGAAAUGAAAGAUCAGACGGGUAUAAAUACUAUAACUGGAACUGGGCCUCAAGACCCUACCCAAAUACCAAACAACCCACAAAUACCUGGUGCAUCCACCGAGGCUCAGGGUGUGGCCCUAGCUGACACAGAGGAGAGACUGAGACAGCGACAAAGAAUAAGAGAACUACUCCUCAAGCAACAGCAGCAGAGGAGUGCCAUCCGACAAGAGAGGGGCCCUCAUGAGUCCAAUGGCAACAUGACCCCAGGAACACCACGACCCUGGCCCCAGGAAGGGCCAGGUCCACAGGGCGAAAUAUUUAACAGACCUCCUCCACCUUAUCCUGGACAAGGGCCAAUGAGGUUUCCUGGACCUUUUCCAGGAGAUCAGCGUGUCCCUUUUCCUAAUGAAGGGCAAAUUUCCCGCGCUCUAAAUCCUGGAGAUCUUAAUUUGAGACAUCAGGGACCAAGGUUUGCAUUUCCAUCGGGAGUUUUAGGACCUCAUGGGGUACAGGAGUUCUUUUCCAAGGGACAGCAUCCAAUGCAGGAUGUUCCUCCUCAAAUGAGACGGUCCAUGUCUGCUGAGAUGACAAAAGGCAUGAGCGGCAACCCCGUGGGGCUGCCCCAGCACUUCCCUCCACAUAAUAUGCCUGUGCAGCAGCACAACAUAAUGGGCCAGCAUUUCAUUGAGCUACGACACAGAACAGCAGAAAACAGGCCACGAAUACCAUUUCCACCCGGUGCCAUGCAAGGAGGUAAUCUAGAUCUUAAUCUGCAGGGUCACAGGCCAGAGGGCUUUCUGGGACCUCCUGAUUUGAGAUUCUCUUUAAAUCAGGGUCCCAGAAUGGUAGACCCAACAGCCAGCCAGACUGGACACUUACAGCUCUCCAGUAGUAUGGACAAUCUCCCCCAGCAAACCCAGAUGUCGGGAAUAAACCCACUCAAACAAUCAUUGAUGAGGUCUAUGAGCCAACCUGCUUCAAAUGAGACCCAGCACUUUGCACCAUCCAUGAUUCUCACUGCACCCCCUGCAGGGCAGAAUGAAAAUAUUUCACUCACCAGCAGUGAAGCUGUCGAAGAGAAACUGGAUACAGAAGACUCUGCUGUCAAAGACCUUGAGGAUGUUGAGGUGAAAGACCUGGUAGAUGCUGAUUUGGAAAACUUAAAUUUGGAUUCUGAAGAUGGAAAAGACUUGGAUCUAGAGACCAACGACCUGCACCUUGAUGACUUUCUAACAUCUGGGAAGUUCGACAUCAUCGCUUACACAGACCCUGACUUGGAUGAUAUCAAGAAAGACAUGUUUAAUGAGGAACUGGAUCUCAGUGAUCCUAUGGAUGACAAUGCUGACACCUCAGACAUUAACAAACAUGCACCCUCUUUGUCAUCAUCCAGUACAGCAUCUGGACUGGGAAAGUCGGAGGCCACAAUUGAGCAAUCUUCAUCUGAGCCCAAGCCGGAAAUCCCUGGAAAUCAUGACUCUGAUUCUUUGGCACUUGACCAGGAAAUUAAAACGGAGGUCAAAGACUGUCAGAGGCCACCUGAGGUGGGAGAACAGCAAGCCUCUGGAAACACCUCAAACCAGCAGGGAGUUCUCCCCGACUCCACCCCAGUCCUUUCUAGUUUACUCAUUAAGCAACAGCCUGAGGAGCAGUCAUUAAAUCCAAUCGCUGAAUCUGUCAAUCAAGGAGGUAACCUUAUGGUCCAGCAGAACCAAGUCACUGAUAGUCAGCACAGCUCAGGACUUGGAGUGAGUCAAACAAUAUCUGACACGACUACUGGAGAAGACGUUUCUAUGGCUGGAUUUGGAGGAGACCAUCAGGUGGGCUUGACCCCUGGAGUAGAUGAGAGUGGUCUGAGCCAGGCCCAGCAAACAGCAUUGAGCCAGGCAUUAGGGCAGCACGGCCUACAACAGCGACCCCUUCUGCUGGAGGAGCAGCCACUCUUGUUGCAGGACUUACUGGACCAGGAACGGCAGGAGCAGCAGCAGCAGAGGCAGAUGCAAGCCAUGAUACGGCAGCGUUCCAGCGAUACCUUCUUCCCUAAUAUUGAUUUUGACUCAAUUACUGAUCCCAUCAUGAAAGCCAAAAUGGUUGCUCUAAAAGGCAUCAAUAAAGUUAUGGUUCAGAAUAACAUGGGAAUGACCCCGAUGGUCAUGAACAGAUUUCCUCCUGGUCCUGGACCACCUUGUCCAGAAAGCACACCACUUCCUCCGCAAGUUGUUGGACCGGAUGGGAAAUUGACACAAGUAGCAAGGCCGAAUCCUCCCAACUUUGGACCUGGAUUUGUCAACAAUGCUCAGAGGGCUCAGUAUGAGGAGUGGCUCCAGGAGACUCAGCAACUACUUCAAAUGCAGCAGAAGUUUCUAGAAGAGAAGAUCGGAGCUCAUAGGAAGUCUAAGAAAGCCUUGUCUGCCAAGCAGAGAACUGCAAAGAAGGCAGGCAGAGAGUUCCCUGAGGAGGAUGCUGAGCAGCUCAAACAUGUCACGGAGCAGCAGGGUGUAGUGCAAAAACAACUGGAGCAGAUUCGCAAGCAGCAGAAAGAGCAUGCUGAACUUAUAGAAGAGUACAGAGUGAAACAGCAGCAAAACAACAUGACACCAUUAAUGCCUGCGAUGCACCCAGUUCCAGGCCCUGCUGGCAUGGUGCCUGGGGGCCCAGCGGUAGUGCAGCCUCCCAUGAACCCCAUGAUGCAGAUGCCCCUCCAUCCAAGUCAACCGAAUGCACCUCCACGUAUGCCCAACCCACAACCCGGCUGGCAUCCUGGUGCUUCUGUGCCCAUGGGUGGGCCAGGAAUGCCCCCUUUAAUGCCCUCUCAAGUACCUGUUGGAAAUCCAGCUCAGCCCCUUCAGAUUCCAAUCGGAAAUGUACCCCAGCACUCACAAAUGCCAGUGGAGCCCCAAGCACCACCGGGAGCCGUAAAGACCAUUCAGGCAGGAGGUAUGAAGUUUGACGACAACAACCCAUUCAGUGAAGGCUUCCAGGAGCGCGAGAGGAGGGAGAGGCUCAGGGAGCAACAGGAGAGACAGCGGGUGCAACUCAUGCAGGAAGUUGAACGUCAGAGAGCCCUGAAACAUCGUAUGGAAAUGGAGCAGCAAGGGUUGAUGGGCACAGAUGGAAACAUGGCUCCACUUGCUCAGAUGCCAUUUUUUAAUUCGGAGCUACCACAGGACUUCAUGCAACCUCAAAGGCCUUCACUACAGCAAUCACAACUUGGACAAAUGUUCCCCCAGCAGCAGGGCAUGCAAGGCAGCAUGGGCUCACCACCUGGAACGUUUAUUCAAGGUGAAAGGAGAGCCAUGAUGAGCAAUGGAAUGAUGCCAACUGACAUGGGCCCCAGUUUGGGUCCUGAUAACGUCGCACUACAUGGACCUAACUUUCCUCACGGUCAACCCAGGCCUCGGCAGUUCAGUGGACCAGGACUGAUGUGUCAGAUGCAAGGUGAAGGUCCACCAUUUGUGGGUGAUUCAUCAACACCUCUACCAUCAAACUUUCCAGGUUCGGGUCAGUCUCUUAUACAACUCUACUCCAACAUCAUCCCAGAUGAGAAAGGGAAAAAGAAAAGAAACCGCAAGAAGAAGAAAGAAGACGAUGCAGAUUCAGUCAAGACACCGUCAACACCACACUCAGACCUUACAGCGCCUCUUACCCCAUGUGUCUCAGAUACCUCCUCAACUCCUACAAGAAAUGUCCACCCCUUUGGAGAUCAUGACUUAUCAAGGUCCCCGUUACUGGGUUCUUCCACUCCCAGUCACUCAGAGCUUGAGAGGCAGCUUUCUGGUGGACAGUCUGGACAAGCUGGUAUGUCAUCAGAGACUUCAAGGACCCAGGCUCAGGAGCAUGAGAGGAUCCUAAAUAAUAUAAAGCUGGAACAGACUGAUACCAUUGAGUGUCACGGGCCAAGAGACGGGCCCAUUGGCUCGGAAAUUAGCUCUGUGAAGGAAGAGGGUAAUAAAGAGAGUAUGUCUCCAUUCCCUGCUGGACAAAGUCCAAACAAGGGGGAGGCUGGUAAUGAACUACUGAAACACCUUCUGAAGAACAAGAGUACACCUCCACCUGGAUUAUCCCAGCAGAAGUCAGAGGAAAGCCUGCGCUCAGAGGAAGGCGAGUCCACAGACUGCAAAACCCUGCUUCGGCAAAGCUCCAUGGACAGCAACGGGGCAUAUUCUGAUGGCACAUCUGACUUUCCUGGACCUCUGCUACCUGAACAAGAAAAGAAGAAAGGGAGGAACAAGAGACCACCAAAAGGAGGGGAGAAACCUGCCUCUCGCUACAAGAAGAGAAAGAAAGAAGGAGAUGAAAAACAUAUACAAUCUGGCCCUGACACUGUAAUAACCCAAAUCAAACAGCAACUCUCCCUGCUGCCCCUCAUGGAGCCACUGAUUGGCAUUAACUUUGCCCAUUUUGCUCCCUAUGGAAGCGGCCAGCUCAACGGAGAAAAUCUCUUGUCUGGUACUUUUGGCAGUGCAUCACUAGAUGGAGUGUCUGAUUAUUACUCUCAACUAGCCUACAAGCAGAGUAACUUGAGCAAUCCUCCAACACCUCCGGCAUCACUACCUCCCACUCCACCUCCUGUGAAUCGACAGAAAAUGAUCAAUGGAUUUGCUACAACAGAAGAGCUGGCCAGCAAAGCUGCCGCUAUGGUUUCCAAAGGCCUGGUGCCAAAGCCACUACAUGUCCCAUUUAGGGCGGAGGAAGACCUGUUAGCCCGGGCCAUUGCUCAGGGACCCAAAACUGUGGAUGUUCCAGCUUCCCUUCCUACACCUCCUCACAACAACCAGGAGGAGCUCAGUAACAGAGGACAGGAGCCUUGCAAAGACAGAGACACACCUGAUAGCUUUGUUCCAUCCUCAUCUCCUGAGAGUGUAGUUGGCAUGGAGAUCAGUCGCUACCCAGACCUGUCUCUAGUGAAGGAAGAGCCCCUAUCCCCCUGCCUGUCCCCGGUACUCCCCAUGAUUCCAGCUCCUGAUGGGAAAGGGACUGAAAUCAAACUGCAGGAUAUCAAGUCUGAACCUUCUUCAAUGUUCUUUGGCUCCCCCUUUGGUCCCUUGUCUAAUGACUCCAAACAAGGGCUGGUUUCGGUAGCGAUCACACUCAGACCAGCUGCAGCUGAGAAUAUCACAGGUGUAGUGGCGGCAAUUUCAGACCUGCUUUGUGUGAAGAUCCCCAGCAGUUAUGAGGUUAGCAGCACUCCAGACAGAGCUCAUCUGUCCAUGCUCAGUGGUCCAAGGAUGGGUCAUCACGGCUUGGAGCUCCGUCCUAACAUGCUCUUCCACGGACAAGGAGACAAAGGAGGCCUCAAUGGGCGGCCAGGACUGAUUAUCAGGCCCAGUGGACCACAGGGAAUGAUGCAGCAGGCACAUCAAUUUCGUUUCCAUUCGCAUACCUCAGGCCCAGCUGUAGCUCGAGGACCUGACAUUAAGAACUCUGGAAACCCUGGAAGUAAACCUCAUUGGUGCUGCCAUUGUAAAGUGGUGGUUCUGGGAAAUGGAGUGCAAAAGAGCACCAAAGACCUCCCUGCUUAUAUGAAGGACCCUGAAGGUGGUUUAAAUUCAGAGGAAGACCUGGUCUUCUGUAGUCACAGCUGUUUCCUUCUCUACUGUUCAUCUCCACUACAGUCCAGACAUGCCACAGAAACGAAGGAAUCCGUGUCCCUUCUCCCAUCUUCUGAUCAAAUGGAGAGCCUCGGUAAAACUCAGCAUCAGUACAGUAACAACAUGUCCUCACUUGAUGUUCACUGCUUGGCGCAGCUUCAACCCAAGCAGUCUCCCCCCUCUACUCCUCCUAUCCCCUUCCCUGCAGCAGGUGAGACACCCAAGACUGAAGCCAAAUCCGAUGCCCUCAAAGUGACAGUGAAGUUGAAGGCCCGGGCAAGAUCUCACGAUGGCUGGCAUCAGGGAAAGAGACAGAAAGGACUCCGCUGGAGGAAGUGGAGUGUUCAGGUGGUGGUGCAGAGAGGGAAUUCCCAGCUCCCUGACGAAGAUAAGGUGGAUGAGCUCUUGAGGAAACUCGGGGCCUCUCUUCGCCCUCCAGCGUUACUCAAAGACCACAGACGCUGCUGUUUCUGCCACCAGUUUGGAGAUGGGAUCACUGACGGUCCUGCUAGGCUGCUGAAUCUAGACCUUGAUGUGUGGGUCCAUCUCAACUGUGCCCUUUGGUCAACAGAAGUGUAUGAGACACAGGCUGGUGCCCUCAUAAACGUGGAGCUCGCACUGCGCCGUGGGCAGACAGUACGCUGUGCCUACUGCCAGCAUACGGGAGCCACCAGCAGCUGCCACCGCCUGCGCUGCACCAACGUCUACCAUUUCACCUGUGCUUUGCAAGCCCAUUGCACAUUCUUUAAGGACAAGACCAUGCUCUGUCACGCCCACAGGCCUCGAGGAACAGCAGGACAAGCUUUGGAGCAUGAGCUGCGUUGCUUUGCUGUGUUUCGACGUGUCUACGUUCAGAGAGAUGAAAUGCGUCAAAUCGCCACCGCCGUGCAGCAGCCUGAGUUGGGUUACACGUUUCGCGUGGGCAGCCUGGUGCUGCAUGCAAUAGGUCAACUAACUCCAGUGCAAAUAGCAGCCUUUCAUUCCCCAACAGCCCUCUUUCCAGUUGGCUAUGAGGCUUGUCGCAUUUACUGGAGCACGCGCCACAGCAACCGCCGCUGUCGCUACGUCUGUUCUGUCGAAGACAGAGAGGGGAUCCCAGAGUUUACCAUAAGAGUCAUCGAACAAGGCUACCAAGACCUGGUCCUGACCGACACCUCUCCUAAAGGAGUGUGGGAUAAGGUGCUUGGUCCAGUUUCUGAAAAAAGAGCUGCAUCAGGAACUCUCAAGCUGUUCCCUGUAUAUCUGAAAGGAGAGGAUCUAUUUGGACUCACAGUCUCUGCAGUCACCAAGAUCACUGAAUCACUCCCAGGAGUCGAAGCGUGUGACAGAUACUCCUUCCGUUAUGGACGCAACCCUCGUAUGGCGUUACCUCUGAUAUUCAAUGAAGCUGGUUGUGCCCGUGCAGAACCGAGAACAAGUUCUCCCUACGCUUCACUGGUGAUAAGGCCACACCCACAAGCUGUAUCGUGUGGCAGUGCCAGGUCUAGCCAGAAUCUGGCCCAGGGAGAUGGUGGCGUUCCUCAUGCCAAGACUCCAGUUGUGCACCCCAGGUCCUCCCAGUAUCGCUGGAUGAAGAGUGAGUGGAGAGCAAAUGUCUAUUUGGCCCGCUCCCGCAUCCAGGGCCUGGGGCUGUUUGCCGCUAGAGAUAUGGAAAAACAAAGCAUGGUAAUUGAGUACAAUGGAACCAUCCUCCGAAAUGAGGUCGCAAUCAGAAAAGAGAUGGUUUAUAGAUCUCAGAACCGGGCAGUGUUCAUGUUCCGCAUUGAUAGCGAACAUGUGGUCGAUGCCAGCCGAACCGGUGGGCUUGCAAGAUAUAUCAAUCACGCUUGUGCCCCUAAUUGUGUUGCGGAGGUGGUCACAUUUGAAAGGGGUUACAAAAUCAUCAUCAGCUGCGUUCGUAGAGUUGAAAAAGGAGAAGAGCUUUGUUUUGACUAUCAGUUUGACACCGUUGAAGGCCAGCACAAGAUUGCUUGCCAAUGCGGAGCUCCCGAAUGCAGAAAGUGGAUUAACUGAACGAAAGGAGAAGCCCAGAUGCAUUCUUUGCUGUAGGGUGGGAGUGUGUAUGAUCUCUGCACUAAGAAAACAACUUCACGCUUAAGUCGUUACAUGAAAGAGGAGAAGGCCUGAACCUUCCUUGGAAUUACUGAAUUCACAGGUUAGUUCAUCAAGAUCAUGAAAUAAGAGUGGGUGGUGGAAGGAAAAUCUUAACAGUAGCAGGAUGUGACUUGUGCCAUAUGCGAGAGGCUCUGUUGUACACAAGGCCUCCGUCUGUAUGUUUGUAUCUGUUUGUUCGGUGUAAAUGGGGUGUGGAAUCCACCAGCGAAUGAGAAAGCACUGUGCAGGGUGCGGCCUUAUUGCUUACUAAGGGCAGGCCCUUUUGUUACAUACUGUUAAUGUAUAUCAUAUGACUAAAUGUAGACAUCACUGAAUGAGGAAUGUACAGCAAUGAAUACCGCGAAGGGAAUAUUAACUUGCACUAAAAAAUAAAAAUAAAAAAAAACAAGAAAAAAAAGAAAAACAAGAAACAUACACACAAAAACUUUUAAAUACUUGAUUCCAUGAGUCAGUUUUAUCAUAGGUCUCUGUCAUGUGAUUUGUGUGGAAUUCGAGAGGUUUUGUAUUUAUUACUGAGUGAAUGAAUUUUAUUCGAAAAAUGAUGAGAUUGAGUUAAAGAAGGCUAGAUUGCUAUUGUUUUUGAAGAUUGAAGAAGACAUGCUGUUACUUUUGUAUAAAUGUACAUAAAGAAAACUAUAGGAAUAACCGACCAAAUACUACCUUAACCUUCUUGAUGUUUGGGUGUUUUUAAACUGUUUUUUUUGUUCUGUUUGUCUUUGAAAUUUAUUUAAGAUGGACGUUAUUUCAGUUUGAGAGUAUAUAUAUUAUGAUUAUUCUGUACAGAAUUUGUAAUAUAACCACGCUAAUUCACAAAGUAUUUUUGUUGUAUUAAAAGUAAGGUAUUGUAGCGUAGUGUUUUGUGACUUACACGUACUUUGACCACUCAAAAGAAAUAUUUUUCUCGACUAACGUAACAAGAUAUCGGUUACAGAAUCAAAGAAAAAGAAAAAAAGGACUCUUUAAAUAGUAAGAGAUCAUUGUGAUCUGCUGUUAAUCAGGUUGGAUUUUAAAGAACUGUGAAUUAGGUUUUGAAACCCCAAAACAACUUUUUAACUUUUUAUCACAAGAACAGUUAUAUGUAUUUACCUGUUUUUGUUUAUACUUUACUUUUACAAUAAGGUGUGGAAGUCUAAUGAUGUGACUUGGACAAACCAGUGUGCGACAAAGAAUCGUAUGUGGAGCUGUAGGCUGUUCAACCUGUUUUUGUUUUUUUUUCCUGGACAGAAAUGGCAUUCUGCUUAAUCAAAAAUGUUUCCUAAACUCGCACUUCACAAGUCACAUGCUUAGAAACCGAGCAGUUUUUGUGUGCACAAUUUCAAGUGGACUGUAAAAUUUUGCAGACAGUCUUAGAAACUUGUAAUGUAUAUGGCAUGUAUUUUUUUAAACUUUCCCAAGACUCAAUUGUAUAUAUUUUCUCAAUGAAUGGUUGUAACAAAAUUGUUUCUUGGAUAUUUUUCUUCUCUUGUAUAUUGCAUCAUCCUGCCAAUUUGUCUGUGCUAUGUUUUUUUUUUUUUUUUGGUUGUGUAUAGUAGUCAGAUUUUUUUUUCUUUCUUUCCUUUUUGAUUUAUUUUUGAAAAUGCCUUUUGAAGUGUACAGAGUAUGAGGUUUGGAGUUUGUGGAAUUGAAUUUAGAAACAUUUACAAAAAUAAACUAUUUUACAUGUUAGGAAGUUGUGUGCGUGUGUGUGUGAGUGAGUGUGUUGUUAUCUAUUAUGGCGCUUUCUAAGUGAUGAAAGGAAUUAAAAAUCGUAAUGGAAAGUGCCAAUUCUUCCAGCACAGUUGAUUUCAUUUUCAUGCAGUUAAUUAUGCCAUCUAUGAAUGUCCCAGAGCUUUGAACUGGAAUCAGUGUUUUAUCUAUUUAUUGGCUUAACUAAUUUAAACGAUAAUUAAAAUUGUUGCCAAAGA